AGGGGGCCAAAAGGAAAAGCCACCGUCCUCUACGAUAUCGCCCAAAAACCUGCCAGAUCGUGCCGUCGUGGGGAGGGCGGGCUGCCGGCCGCCGCUGCUGCUCACGGAACGGAACCUCCACGGCGCAUCUUAGGAAGACGGGAACCCCCUACUCGUCCUCCCCCUCGAUAGUUAACCGACACAUAUAUCGACCGCCAUGGCGGCCGCCUCCAAGCUCGGCCGUCGCGCCGUGGCGGGCACUGCAGGGCGGCUCCCGCUUCCAGAAGCGCGCCUCCGCCUCGGCCUCUAGGAUGGUGUAGGGGCCAGGGGAGAGGGGGAGUGUGUGUGUGUGUGUGUGUGUGUGUAGAGGGGUGAAAUGGGGGCGAUUGGCGGGGAUGAGGUGGUGCAGUGGGACAAGAUGGACGGAGGUGAGGUGGUCAAUGGCGGCGGCGGCGGCGGUGUGGGGAAGCUGGAGAGGAUACUGGUGUCAGUGAGGCUGAGGCCUCUCAGCGACAAGGAGAUUGCGAGAGGGGAUCCGUCGGAGUGGGAGUGCAUCAAUGACACUACCAUAAUCUCCCGGAGCACCUUCCCUGACAGGCCAUCGGCUCCGACUGCAUACUCCUUCGAUAGGGUAUUCCGCUCUGACUGCGAUACGAACGAAGUAUACAAGCAAGGGGCCAAGGAGGUUGCCCUCUCUGUAGUUAGUGGCAUUAACUCGAGUAUUUUUGCAUAUGGUCAAACAAGUAGUGGAAAGACAUACACCAUGACUGGCAUAACUGAAUAUACGGUAGCAGAUAUUUAUGAUUACAUUGGCAAGCAUGAGGAGAGAGCAUUUGUCUUGAAAUUUUCAGCAAUAGAAAUAUAUAAUGAAGUUGUAAGGGAUCUGCUAAGUGCAGAAAACACUCCUCUUAGACUUUGGGAUGAUGCAGAGAAAGGAACCUAUGUAGAAAACCUCACAGAGGUUGUAUUGAGGGACUGGAACCAUCUCAAGGAGCUUAUUUCUGUAUGUGAAGCUCAAAGGAAAACCGGGGAGACAUACUUAAAUGAAAACAGCUCCAGAUCGCAUCAAAUACUUAAACUGACAAUAGAAAGUUCUGCUCGUGAGUUCUUGGGUAAGGAUAAAUCAACUACACUUGUGGCUAGUGUGAAUUUUGUUGAUUUAGCAGGAAGUGAACGUGCAUCUCAGGCAUUAUCAGCUGGUGCUAGGCUGAAAGAAGGCUGUCAUAUUAAUAGAAGUUUACUUACCCUAGGAACUGUCAUUCGGAAACUAAGCAAAGUAAGAAAUGGGCACAUACCAUACAGAGAUUCAAAGCUCACACGCAUACUGCAACCUUCUCUGGGUGGUAAUGCAAGAACUGCAAUUAUUUGUACAAUGAGUCCUGCCCGUAGCCAUAUGGAACAAUCGAGAAACACUCUGCUAUUUGCAAGUUGUGCAAAGGAAGUAGUUACAAAUGCCCAGGUUAAUGUAGUCAUGUCCGAUAAAGCACUAGUUAAGCAAUUGCAAAAAGAGCUUGCUAGGUUGGAGAGUGAAUUGCGAUGUCCAGCUUCCUAUUCUAGUCUUGAAUCAUUGGUGAAGGAAAAGGAUAACCAAAUCCGGAAGAUGGAGAAAGAAAUUAAGGAAUUGAAGUUACAGCGUGAUUUAGCUCAGUCCAGGCUUCAGGAUUUGCUUCAGGUUGUUGGAGAUAACCAUGUCCAUGUUUCAAAGCAGUCCUCGGUUUCUGGGAGGAACUUUACCUUCGAUGUUCCACAGACGUGUGAAGAUGAGCAAUCAACAACUGAGUCAUCAGAAGUUGUUGACAGUGUCCAAAAUUUUAGGUUUCAAGGCCGGCGAGUGGCACAGAGGGAACAUAAGCCUCAGCAGGCUGAAAAUAAUGUGCAGUUUACUACCCCAUCUAGGUACUCAGUCAGCAGUCCUCCGUUCAGUGGGAUGCUCCCAACUAACAGAAGUGAUCAUCUCUCACAGAUCUCUAAUGAAGAUUCAGAUGAUAUCUGCAAAGAAGUACGGUGUAUAGAAACCAAUGAAACAGGAGGAAAUGAAUGUUUGGAAUCGUCGGCUGUGGGGAGCAAUAGUUUGCAAGACCCAAAUGCAGGUUCUAGUAUGCAUAUCAACAAUGAUUCAAAUUCAUCUAUGAAUUCUAGGCUUCGUGAUGAAUCUCCAGUUACCCUUGAGCAGCAUUUGGAAAAUGUCAGAAAACCUUUUGCCAAUAUUGUAAAAGAUCUGGGAUCUUCAACACGUAAUUCGUCAAGCUCUAAAGUACUUGGUAGGAGCAGGAGCUGUAGGUCUCUUACUGGAUCUAGUUUGUUUGAAGAUUUGGAGAAGGACGAUUGCACCCCACCAAACAGAAGUUUCAUAGAUUUCGCUGGGAGACCUCAAAAUUGUCAAAGAAGGGGAUCUGCACUGAACUAUGAUGCAGAGAGCGAGACCCUAUCAAGGGCAGGGUCAAUGCUUUCUGAAAUUACUACCACGAGGGAUGGACUGAAGGCUAACAGUUCUGUUGCAGGCGACACAGAAUUUACUGGCAUAGGUGAAUUUGUUGCUGAACUGAAAGAAAUGGCACAGGUUCAGUAUCAGAAGCAACUUGGUCAUAGUGGAAAUGGAGACUUGGCAGAAGGAACCAUCAGGAGUGUAGGACUGGAUCCGAUUACAGAUGCCCUACAGUCACCUUCACGGUGGCCCCUGGAAUUCGAGAAGAAGCAACAAGAGAUUAUUGACUUUUGGCAUGCAUGCAAUGUUUCUUUGGUCCAUAGGACCUAUUUUUUCUUGCUAUUCAAAGGAGACCCAGCUGAUUCCAUUUACAUGGAAGUGGAACUUAGGAGGCUAUCAUUUCUUAAAGAUACCUACUCCAAUGGAGCGAUAGCUAGUAUCCCGAAUACUUCUCUAGUUUCAAGUGCGAAGAAGUUGCAGCGCGAAAGGGAGAUGCUCUGCAGGCAGAUGCAAAGACGGCUCUCAAUCGAGGAACGAGAGAGCAUGUACACCAAAUGGGGGGUUUCACUUGCCUCCAAGAGGAGAAGGCUACAGGUUGCUCGUUGCCUUUGGACCGAAACCAAAGACCUGGAGCAUGUCAGGGAGAGUGCAUCCCUUGUUGCCAGACUGAUCGGACUCCUUGAGCCAGGGAAGGCCCUGAGAGAGAUGUUUGGGUUAAGUUUUGCGCCGCAGCAGUUCACUCGGAGAUCCUACAAUAGCUGGAGAUAUGGGCGCUCUUCUCUGAACUGAUUGAACCUACAAGAUGCUACUGACGGAAGGGGGCUUUCCAGUUUUCCCAUUUUGUUUUGUUUUGCUUUUAGGUCCUUUGUCAUGCACUUCUGUAUGAUAGAUGUAACUCAUUUGCUAUUUUUUAUUGGACGAUCAGUAGGGUCGAUCUUAUACAAAAGGAGUUCUAUAUCACCUGAAUUGCAAGGUUAAAAUGUAUGUUCAACUAACACGAAAGACUUCCGAAUGUUAACAGCCACUCAGCAUUCAGAAGUAGCCAUUCAGCGA